AUGGCGAUUUCACAGUCUGGGAAGGCCAAGACGGCUCCCAAGACCAGCAAUGGCGCUUCACGACGAGGAACACAGAUGCAUCGCCGCUCAAGAACAGGCUGCUACACGUGCAGAUUAAGACGAAAGAAGUGCGACGAGGGCUCGCCUCUUUGCACGGCUUGCAAACACCUCGGCCUGCAAUGCGAGUAUAAGCGACCCAUGUGGUGGAGCAACAACGAUGCGCGAAAGCAACACAAGGAGGACAUCAAGGGCAUCAUCAAGCGCAAGAAGCUCUCGGAAAAGUCCUCGCACGCCUCCAUCAACUCUGCUUCUUCCUCGCCCCCUGGCCUGUCGCACUCCGUGCCAUCAUCUGCAACAUACACCGACCCCAUGGACCGCAACAGGUCUGCGUCCAUCGACUCUCACUUCUCAAACGGCUUCAACUUCAACGGCCCGAUGCACCAGCCCGACUACUCUUCUUACAGCUCUCAGCUGCCCCCAGACUUCAUGAUUGGCUCCUACUCACCGUACGAGAUUGAUGUCAAGACGGAGCGACAAAUGUUCAUCAAUGAUGUGCCCACAUUGAAGGAAUCCCAAGUCUCUACCUUUAGCACUUACUGCCCGCCCCCUCCAGCAGGCACAGUCCUGCCGGCCGGCACCCUUCCCGGAAGCUGGACCGAGCAUGUUCAUGAGGAGCGCCGCGAGUCGCUGGCUGAGGAAACGCUCAAUGUCAACUUCUUCGACUUUGCCCACGGACCGUCCUAUGACUCUCGGCAAGUCAAGAUUGAGCUGGAUGAGAACGACCAGCGUCUGUUUGACCACUUUAUCCAAUUUGUGCUGCCAAUCAUCUUCCCAAUCCUCGAGACAAACCAGCAUGGAUCAGUCGCGUCCGACUUGAUUCUCCCCGCUCUGCAGUCCAACAACACCUACCUUCACUGCUGUCUGAGCAUUGCAGCCCAGCACCUAAAGUCUCUGUCAGCUGGCCCCAACGAAGACCUUGAUCACGACAUCAUGAGGCAUCGCUAUGCGACUAUCUGGUCGCUUUGCGAGUCCCUGAAGAAGGAUGAGAACUACCAACAGAUCCUCGAGGCUACCCUCGGGCUCAUCUUCUUCCAGUGCGUCGUUGGCCGUUCAGACAGCGAAGAGCUGCUCGACAUUGCGUGGCACCAGCAUUUCCAAGCUGCCAUUAACCUGGUCACCAAGCUAGACCUCCCCCGUCAAGUCUUGGACCCUGCCACCCCAUUGACCCAGACCCCGUUCAACAUGACUUUGACCGCCUGGAUUGACAUCCUUGGCGCCACCAUGCAGGGAACGUCUCCUACCUUUGCCCACACGUACCGCGAGAAGCACCUGUCUCAAAUCAACCCUUACAUGGGCCUGCGCGAGCUCAUGGGCUGCGAGGACCGAGUCAUGUAUCUCAUCUCUGAGAUUGCGUGCCUCGAGUCGCUCAAGAGGGAUGGCAUGGAUGACUUCACCCUCUGCCAGCACGUGUCUGCCCUGGGCGAGCAGAUUAGCCUCACCGAGGUCAAUGAGUUCACUGCCAAGAUGCCCUACAACGCCAACGGCACACUGUCGCCCAAGCAGCUUUCCAAGAACAUCACGGCCGCCUAUCGCCUUGCGGCCCGCAUCUACCUGUGCAGUCUGGUGCCUGGGUUCAGCCCCAACCAGCCUUCGCCGAUGAGUCUGGUUGACAAGCUUACGAAUGUCUUGCAAUUUAUUCCUUCUGGGCCCGAGGGCUAUGACAGCAGCUUGGUCUGGGUCUAUCUCUUGUGUGGCUCCAUCAGCCUUCCCGGCUCCGACUUUCGCAUGCUGUUUGAGGAUCGUGUUGCGCAGCUUGGCGACCAGGCCAGCUGUGGCUCUUUUGGCCGCAUGGUCAUGGUGCUGCGUGGCCUCUGGCUUCACAAUGACAAUGUGUCGAGGCAAGGAACGCCCGACAGCACCGGAUCAGAUGUGGCCCAGCCAUAUAUCCACUGGCGAGAUUUCAUGCGGAUGCAGAACAUGGAGUACCUGCUCAUGUAGGCGAGCUUUGGCCGUAUCUUUCUAAGCUGGUCUUUGAGGUGCGACAAAGCAGGAGAGCCUGCGUAAGUAGCUACUUGCUCCAUGUUCUUCCUUUUUCCGCCGCAAAGGCAAAGCAGGCAUUUGCCUUUUUUUUUUUCAUCUUUCAUCUUAUUUAUUUCAUCUUAUAAUUUCUUUACCAGUGUAAAGGUUUGAUACCUUUAUGCCUUUUUACUUCACAUAUACCCAACUGGCAUGGGACUAUUAGAGGAUGCCGCAAGGCAAGCAGAGCUCAUUGCGGAUUUUAAACAGAGAUUGUGCGAAUCUGGGAAAGCCUUUGAUACUUGGAAACACUUUUGGAUACUUGAAACGCUUGGAUACUUGGAAGGAAACUAACGAGAUUUUGGAGAAAGUCUGCCUGGAUGGCGGACGGUGAUGAGUGACGCAUUUUCCCCUUUUCUUCUUCUUUUACACCCCCUUUCUUUGAAAUUGCGAGCAUGUGGUAAUGCACUCGCUAUACUUUUAUAUACCAGGCUGGCAUUGGGCUCGGCGUCUUUGAGGGUUUUGUUUUGUUUCCAGCCCUUGGAAGGGUGGAUAGCCUCGAUGGCUGGUUUUCAUGAAGCAUCUAGCAUAGUUAUGGGUCCUUGGGACACGGAAAGAUUACAAGAGCGAGGAGAUUGAAAGAAGGAUAUAUAGUAUAUGUCAUCAGUCAUCAUCAUCAUUCUUCUACGUGGAGGAUGAUGAACUUGCUGAAAAAUACCAAUUUGAUGGUUCUUCCUA